AUGGACGAGUUGCUUAAAGAAAUGGAUGAUUCUAAUUCAGAAACCUCUAUUGUUGAUUUCAAUUUAGCAUCUGAUGAUGAUGAUGAUGAAGAAAUUAAUUUUGACAAAAUUUACCCUAUUUAAAUAAUGUCAGAUCAAGUUGAAAUUGCUCCAUAAAAUGAAUAAAUCUCAUCAUUUUAAGGCUAAUAAAAUCUCCAAUUACAAAAUACUGUUGAGAAUUAUGCAGAAGAAAAAAUCCCUUCUUUACCAGUUUACCAUUAUAGAUAUAAACCAAAAUUAAUAAAACGCAAAUAACCUAGAGAAUGCAAUUUACAAUAAGGAUAUCAAAUAAUCAAGACAUUCGGAAAAUAUGCUCAUCAUUCAUACAAAAAUGUACAAUAAUAAAAGGAACAAGUUAUCAUGAGGAUAACAAAUUAUAUAUUUAAUGGAGUAGAAAAAAUAAGAAAUUUAUGA